AUGCUUGUAUGGCUGCUGCUGCUGAUCUUGGCUCCCGGACAAGAGCAGUCAAGAACACUUCCAAAAGCUUUCCUUCUCCUCACACCUCCAUGGUCCACAACCUUUGAAGGAGAGAAAGUGACUCACCAUUCUCUGGCCAAGGGAUAUAUAACUUGGUAUUACAAUGACAUUUUCUGGUCACGCGGAUCUGAAACAAUCCAAAUAGAUGAGUCUGGAUAUUACACGUGCAAGAUCCAAAGAUCUACCCUCAGUGAUCCUGUGCGUGUGGAAUUUUUUUCUGAAUGGCUGAUCCUGCAGGCCUCAUAUCCUAUCUUUGAAGGAGAUGAUGUAGUUCUGAGAUGCCAGGGGAGGAAAGAAGAAAAUAUUAAUGAAAAGACUUACUACAGAAAUGAAAAAGAAAUUAGUAAUCAUCUUAAAGGGAGCAUCAUGCUACGUUCAGUCUUCAAGAACAAUAACCAAUAUCAUUGUACUGCUUCUGGGAAAUCUAUUUGGGGAUCAUGGGAAACAACUUCAAAUCUUUUAAAGAUCCAAGUUCAAGAUAAUGAGCUGUUUCCACAUCCUGUGCUGAGAGCCAGCCCCUCCUAGCCCAUCGAAGGGAGCCCAGUGGCCCUGAAAUGUGAGACCUGGCUCCCUCCACCAAAGUCAAACAUUUGGCUUCAGUUCUGUUUCUUCAGAAAAGAUCAGGCCCUGGGGUCUGGCUGGAGCAACUCCUCAGAGCUCCAUAUCCCCAUCAUUUGGAGUGAAGACUCAGAGUCCUACUGGUGCCAGGCAAAGGCAGUGAUUCCCAAUGUCAUAAAAAGAAGCCAGAGAUCCCGGAUACAUGUUCAGAGGAUCCCUGUGUCUGAUGUGAAUCUAGAGAUCCAGCCCCCUGGGAUCCAGCUGAUUGAAGGAGAUCUUUUCCUUAUCUGCUCAGUAGCCAAGGGUACUGGGACUGUUACAUUCUCCUGGCACCGGGAGGGCUCAGGGAAGAGUCUGGGCAGGAAGAUGCAGCGUGCCCUGCCAGCAAAGCUUCAGAUAGCCACAGUGAGGGAGCAGGAUGCUGGGAGGUACUACUGCUCAGUGGACAACAUGCAUGGCCCCAUCCUCAGUAAAUGAAUCAGAGUCACACUGAGAAUUCCAGCAUCCCGCCCCAUCCUCACCCUCAGGGCACCCAGGGCCCAGGCCGUGGUAGGGGACAUGGUGGAGCUUCACUGUGAGGCCCAGAGGGGCUCUCCCCCCAUCCUGUACCGGUUUUAUCAAGACGAUGUCAUCCUGGGGAGCAGCUCAGCCCCCUCUGGAGGAGGAGCACCCUUCAACCUCUUUCUGACUGCAGAACAUUCUGGAAAUUACUCCUGUGAAGCUGACAAUGGCCUGGGGGCCCAGUGCAGUGACAGAGUGUCACUCAGCAUCACAGUUCCAGUGUCUCGCCCUGUUCUCACUGCUGGGACCCAGGCUAUGGUGGGAGAUUUGUUAGAACUUCACUGUGAGGCCCAAAGAGGCUCUUCUCCGAUCUUAUACUGGUUUUAUCAUGAAGAUGUCAUCCUGGGGACCACCUCGGCCCCUUUUGGAGGAGGAGCAUCUCUUAACCUCCUUUUGACCACAGAGCAUUCUGGAAACUACUCCUGUGGGGCUGACAAUGGUCUGGGGGUCCAGAGAAGUUACAUGAUGACACUCAACUUCACAGGGUUUUCCAUGAACAAAGUAAUCCAUAUCACUGUGGGAGUCAUCGGGGGGCUGCUAAGUAUGCUUGGCCUUGCUGCUACUGUUGCUCUGGUGAGUCACUACAGGACCCAAAGGAAAUCAGACCUUCAGUUCUCCUACUCACUGGCACUCUGUAGGCAACAGUGA